AUGAGAAACCAGCCAAUUCCUGCUUGCAAAGGGGGUGUUUUAUAUACAGGCAUACGACGCUCUUGUGCAGGUUAUGACUUUUCAGUCAGAUCUGGGCACAGUGCGAAGGCUAAGCCUGACCUCCCCAAGAGAAGAGACUGGCCUGGUGAUCCCUGGGCUCUGCACCAAGCUACUCGCCUGCAAGAACAGACCACCCACAGGCCCUGCCCCUGCUCCUGUAGUGGCAAGUUAAAUCCCAAGGAGGAAUGCUGUACAGAGAGAUCAGUGCUUGCCCAGCCAACAUUUGUUUUUGAAAAGAAGGACUGUCCUUUGAAGCGGCCUGCAGAAGACCCAGUUUGCAAAGCUGAAAAUGAUUGCGUCAGUUGUUCCAGAAAGCGUGCAAGAUCAUCAUCCUUUACUUUCCAGAAGUCUGACUCUCAAUCUAACACAGAUACAGCUCUCGCUCAGAAAAGAGGGAGAUUGUCUUCCUUUACCAUCCUUCCUACCUUCCCUCCCUCCCAGCCAGGUAAAAAUAAUAACAUAUUCAUGACCUCAGCUCUUUUUCGAAGAAACCCUGACUUGAUCAAAAGUACAAAAGAAGGAUCCUUGUCACAAAGUCAAUUGCGGAAUGUCAUUAGACCUGCCAUUUUACAACCCCCACAAGCCCUGACCUGUCCUGAAAAUCCUGUAGUAUUUCUAGUAACUAAGAAAGAAGCACGUGUUCAGCUAUCUGAAGACAGCUCUUAUUCCUCAGCUGAGAGUUCAGUAAGUUCCAAAACAGCAGCGAGGUCAUCUACUACCAUGAAUCCUUCUAGCUCUAAAACAACACAAAGUCAGUUGUUUGAAGACAGAAGUGUACAAAACAGCAGCAAUUCUGAUUUUGUGUUUGGAGAAAACAUGGUUGAGAGAGUUUUGAGUCCUGAAAAGCAUCCCAAACCAUGUAAUGAAGGUGAUUCAUACAAAGGAGAAAUAAGAUCCAUGUACAUAGAAUCUUUUCCUGUCAAAACAGCUUUGUUAAAGAAUACAACACUAAUUGAAUCAGCAGCUGCUUUUAUUUCCAAGCCAGUGGAGAAAAUUCUGUUAGAUAAAGUUGAAGUUAUAACUGGAGAAGAAGCAGAACACAAUGUAUUACAGAUCAACUGCAAGCUCUUUAUAUUUAAUAAGCUUUCUUUAACCUGGAUUGAAAGAGGCAGAGGAUCCCUGAGGCUUAAUGACACUUCUAGUGGUAAAUGUGGACUGUUGCAGUCAAGGCUAAUUAUGCGAAAUCAAGGCAGCUUGAGACUGAUUCUCAACACCCGACUCUGGGAUCAAAUGGUUAUAAAAAAAGCAAACAGAAAGAGCCUGUGCUUCACUGCAACAGACCAAGAGGACCACUCUAUUCAAGUAUUUCUGAUUCAGGCAAGCUCAAAAGACACUGGAUACCUCUAUGCAGCAAUUCAUCACCGCCUUGUGGCACUGCGAAGCUUUGCUGAGCAAGAGCCAGAUGCUAAUCAAGCGGACACAGAGUCAGAAAUAGCUUUUCAGCCAUUAAACUGUGAUAGCGAUGAUGAAGAUGAUGAAAAAGUAACUCAAGUGAGCAGCAGUGGAUCAGAUCAUUCUAGAUGGAACCACAGGCAGUCUGUAGUCUGCUCGUGA